UAGGAAUCUCGCGCCCGGGGAGCGCUGCGGGACCGGGGAGCCGGGUGGGGAGCGGGCCUCGGGGCGCGCGGCGGCGGAGGCGCUCCCGCCCGCGCGGAGAGGGAUGGAGCGCGUCUUGCGAGCGUCUCCGAGCCCAGCCACCCCACGGGCCAGGGGGAGGGAGCGGGGCCGGCGCAUCAGCCCGCCCCCCCGGCCCGCCCCCUCCCCCCGCGCCGGGAAGCCGCGGUGGUGCGCUCCGGCCAGCUGUGCGCCGCCGAGCGAGGCGCCAGCCCGUGGGUGCUGCCGGGGGCGGCGGCGCGGUGGGGGCGCCCGCAGCUGGCGGCGGCGCGGGCCGCGGCGCGGGGCUCGCGGCGGGGAGCGAAGGUGAGCGCCGGAACGCGGAGGGCUGGCGCGGCUCGCGGCGCCGGGCCCCGUUCCCCGUCCGCGGCGGCCCUGCAGGCAACCCCGCGUCCCCACCGGCCGGAGCUCGGGGAGGAGCGGGCGGCGGCGCUGCUGCUGGCGGCGGCCGGCUGGAUGCGAGACCCGCGCAGACCCGGCGGCGGACGGCGGCUCUCGACUCCGGAGAGCGGAUCGCGGGGCGCAGGAGCCCGAUCGCGCUGGCCAUGGCCUCCAACUUUAACGACAUAGUCAAGCAGGGCUACGUGAAAAUCCGCAGCAGGAAGCUUGGGAUUUUCAGACGAUGCUGGUUGGUUUUCAAGAAGGCUUCUAGCAAAGGACCCAGAAGGUUAGAAAAAUUUCCAGAUGAAAAGGCAGCUUAUUUCAGAAACUUUCAUAAGGUAACUGAACUGCACAAUAUCAAAAAUAUAACCAGACUGCCCCGAGAGACAAAGAAGCAUGCGGUGGCAAUCAUCUUUCACGAUGAAACGUCGAAGACAUUUGCCUGUGAGUCAGAGCUGGAGGCCGAGGAGUGGUGCAAGCACCUCUGCAUGGAGUGUCUGGGGACCAGGCUCAAUGACAUCAGCCUUGGGGAGCCCGACCUUCUGGCGGCAGGAGUGCAGCGGGAACAGAACGAGCGAUUCAACGUGUAUCUUAUGCCUACGCCAAAUCUGGAUAUUUAUGGUGAAUGCACAAUGCAGAUCACUCAUGAAAAUAUCUAUCUCUGGGAUAUCCACAAUGCCAAGGUCAAACUGGUGAUGUGGCCUCUCAGCUCACUGAGGAGAUAUGGUCGGGACUCAACGUGGUUCACGUUUGAGUCAGGAAGAAUGUGUGACACAGGAGAAGGACUAUUCACUUUUCAAACAAGGGAAGGAGAAAUGAUCUAUCAGAAGGUUCAUUCUGCGACACUGGCCAUAGCUGAGCAACAUGAAAGAUUAAUGCUAGAAAUGGAGCAGAAGGCCCGGCUUCAGACAAGCUUGACUGAACCAAUGACAUUAUCCAAAUCAAUAUCUCUUCCUCGCAGCGCGUACUGGCAUCACAUCACUCGUCAGAACAGCGUUGGUGAAAUCUACAGUUUGCAAGGUCAUGGGUUUGGUUCGUCAAAGAUGUCUCGUGCACAGACAUUUCCCAGCUAUGCCCCAGAACAGAGUGAAGAGGCCCAGCAGCCUUUGUCGCGGUCCAGCAGCUAUGGAUUCAGCUACAGCUCCAGCCUCAUCCAAUGACACACAGAGAGCUGCUGUUGACUAGAGAGACAGUCUGUCCUGGACCCGUCUGUGGGGUCAUUGCACCCUCUGCCUCCUGGAAGACCAAUUGCAGUACAAAUUGAAAUGGGUCGGCUCUAGCCCCAGUCCCAUUGGAAGGUUAAAAACUGGAGUUCUGCUUCCUUGAUUCAGUGGCUAAGUCCUUUAUUUAUUGAAUUUCUUUGGGGGAAUCUAUGUUUUACAUAAAUAGAAUCCAAAUCGUAUGAACAGUUAUUUAAAUAAGCAAAAUUCUUUGGGUCUGACAGUAACAGAAACCUCAGCACUGGGAAAAGUUGCCCACGCUGGGGUAUGCCUGGGUGGUGGGCACCUCUCACUGACCUCACAGCGCAGUCCUCCCAACUGAGCACAGGGUCUGUCCUUAGACAUAAUGGUGACCCUCCACAAGCUCUGUGGCUUUUAAAGUUUUGACAGGGACAAAUACCAUAAGCUCUACAAAUGACAUCAUAGCUGCAUAUAAAUAAACCCAGUGACAAUUAAAGGAACAUGAAAUUCAGAACACACUAUUAAGCAGGGCCCUGUAGCUCUACUCGUGUGUGUGUGUGUACGUGUGUGUGUGCGUGUGUGUGUGUGUAGACAAAUGGAUAUUGCUAUAUCCAUCUAUAUAUAACAAGUAUAUAUCAAACAUGUGCUGAGGGUGACAGGAUAUGCUCACUUAAAUUGUUGAAAACCAUAAUUUGGUGCAUUAAAAUUAAGAUUGUUAUGUUGAAUAGCUAUUUUUAAAAUAGUGCUGUAAAAAAAAGGCUUCUUAUUAGCAAAAGUAUAUGUAAUCCAGUCUGUUCCUAACAAGUGUAAGCAACAAUGUGAGAAGGGGAACAUUCAGAAGCAAAAGAACCAGUCUAGCUGUCCUACACGUCAUGUCAUACCCUGUCUUUCUGGUGAGUGUUUCCUUGUUGUUGACAAUGUUGCUCCCUUUGGCCAUCCAUCUGAGCUACGUGAGGAGGAUUCCAUGUGAACACUGAUCAGCUUCCAUUUAACCUUGAGAGAAAAGAGAGAUUCUAAAUGAAAAACUCUUUAAGAAAGAAAUAAUACACGUAUAAAAAACUCAGCUAUUUUGCAAUAAAGAGAAGAACAAAAUGGGCACAGGUGGAUAUCAAUAUUUAAAAUGUCGUAGAUGCUGUUCUCAGAAAACCACUGGGGGCUUGUAAUUUACUGUAUAACCAGAACUUGCAGGGCUUUCUUUUUUCUUUUACUGGACACAGGUUGUCUGAGAUUAUAAGAAAUAAAAUAGAUCGAUAAUUUUCAUCAUCCCUGACACUGAUUACAAACCUACAGUGUUUAAAGGGAGGUAGUGAUUUCCAUGGAAACUGAGUUUGGCUAAUUCAGGUCAACAAAGAUAUAUUUGCCCUUAAUUUUGGAGUUAAGUAAAAAUAAAAAUUAUCCUGCCUGAAUCAUCUGAUGCUUUGUGCCUAAGAUGGUUAUGUCUCAAAUACUCUAGGGUGGGUUUAAAGAACAGUAAGCUCAGGUCACGCAAGAUGAAAACCCAGGUUUUUUUUUUUUUUUCUUAAUAGGAAAAUUUUUUAAACUAUCCAAAUUAGUCUGUUGAAAAGGUACCUUUUUUGCUGAUCUCUGAUGAGUUGUCUUUUCAUCCCUAUCUGUAGCUUGAGUGCAGAUUGACAAUUCAUUUCAGUGAAUUACUACCGAAUAAAAGUGGUUCCGGGUCCCUCCUAGAUAAAUGUGCACUUAACAGCAACUACCUAGGCUUUCCAAAUCACUCCACUAGGUAUGAAAACCCCAUCAAGAUACUAAUCACAAGAGUUAAUGUGGCUGCAAAAAAUAAUUAUCCUAAGCUUUCAGGGAUAAAAAGAAAAUUACCCAAGUUCUCUGCACUGUGAAUUUUGCUGACACAGCGGAGGAGCAGAUGACUGAUUCCUACAACUGUACAGCCUUCCUUGAAGUCAUAGCUUUUGGGGUUAAAUACUUGUGAAUUUCUUUUGCCAUGGCAUUUGCUUUUGAAAUGCCUUUAGUCAAAUACACCAGAGCAACUCCCAGCUGAGACCAUUUGAGCACAGUUCCUAGUGGGGCCACAUUCAGAGCAAGCCUCUCGCCGGCUCACUCAGUUGAGCUGUUGCUUAGACACCACAAGUUUCUACAAGGGACUUAUGGGGAACGGCCCUCAGGGGUCCUGGUUCACAUCUCAGCUUUAUUCAUGUGCUGGAAGCACAAACAGCGAGUCCAGGGCGGGAUUCUGCUAAUUAGAUGAGUCUGCUCUUGUGUCUCUUUCUUAGGAGACAAAUACCUGUAUGUAAUUG